CUGCUGUGUGGCGUUUCUUUGGCGGAUUUGGUCGCAUUGUUUUUUAAGCAUCUUGUGCGGUGCCGACUGUUUAUUGUAUUUGGCAACAAAAAAUUGUUAAUACAAUGUUUUACCACAUAUCCCUGGAGCACGAGAUCCUGCUGCACCCACGCUACUUUGGCCCCCAACUUCUGGAAACGGUGAAGCAGAAACUAUACUCUGAGGUGGAGGGCACCUGUACAGGCAAGUACGGAUUUGUGAUAGCGGUCACGACGAUAGACCAGAUCGGCUCCGGCGUUAUCCAGCCGGGUCAGGGCUUCGUCGUCUAUCCUGUCAAAUACAAGGCCAUCGUUUUCCGACCCUUCAAAGGGGAAGUGCUGGACGCGGUGGUCAAGCAGAUUAACAAGGUGGGGAUGUUCGCUGAGAUCGGUCCCUUGUCCUGCUUUAUUUCUCAUCAUUCUAUUCCCGCUGACAUGCAAUUCUGUCCAAACGGAAAUCCCCCCUGUUAUAAGAGCAAAGACGAGGACGUGGUCAUUUCUGGAGAGGACAAAAUCCGACUCAAGAUUGUGGGAACACGUGUGGAUGCUACUGGAAUCUUCGCCAUUGGCACUCUUAUGGAUGACUACUUGGGACUUGUGUGUAAUUAAAAUCAACCCCUGCUUCAAUCACGAUUAUUUUUGUAUACAAUUUAAAUAUAUAUAUUAAACUUUAAUGAAAUGCAUUUAAAGUGUUAAACAUCUAUGUGUAUAUAGUAAUAAAUAUGUAUGUACUUUA